AUGGUUUUCGGCCAACGCAUCAAGUCGCUACUACUGCUGUUUACUCUGCAAUAUCCUUUCAAGUCAGGCGGGGUUCUGGGCUUCGAAGCUACCUGGGAAUCUCUGGAUUCACGUCCUCUGCCUAAUUGGUAUGACGAGGCAAAGUUUGGGAUCUUUAUCCACUGGGGCGUCUUUUCGGUUCCUUCCUACAAAGGAGAGUGGUUCUGGCAAAAGUGGGGCCGCAAUGGUGACGCUCCAAGUACCAAUCAAGCCACAGAGGAAAUCAAGGCAUUUGUCAACAAGACCGAACUGCCGCAGUUUGCGUAUGCCGACUAUGCUCAUCGAUUUGAUGCUACCCUCUACGAUCCGGAACACUGGGCCGGCGUCUUUGCCCAAAGUGGAGCUCAGUACGUGGUCUUGACCAGCAAGCAUCAUGAAGGAUUCUGUAAUUGGGAUUCUCGGCAAGCAGUGCCAACCAGCUGGAAUUGGAAUUCUGUCGAGGUGGGGCCCAAGCGAGAUCUAGUGGGAGAGCUGGCACAUUCGGUCAAAAAGACUAUGAGCAAUCAAACCCAAAAACCUCUUCGGUUUGGACUAUACCACAGCCUCUACGAAUGGUUCAAUCCACUUUAUGAACACGACAAGGCAAACAAGUUUCAAUCUCAGACUUUUGUCAAGUUGAAAACCAUGCCAGAACUGUACGAUAUUGUGGAAAAAUAUCAACCCGAGGUCAUUUGGUCCGAUGGUGAUUGGGACGCUCACAGUGAUUACUGGGAUUCCAAACAAUUCUUGGCUUGGUACGCCACAAACUCAACCGUGGCCAAAACAGGCGUUUGGAAUGAUCGCUGGGGCAAAGAUGCCAUGUGCCACCAUGGGAGUUUCUUGACUUGUCAAGAUCGGUAUUUGCCAGACAAGAUCAACCAUCAUAAGUGGGAAAAUGCGCUCACCAUUACGUCGCAAUCAUGGGGAUACGAUCGAUCCCUCACAUUGAAAUCCUACUACACUGCCGAGUAUCUCAUUCACGCGCUGAUUCAAACAGUGGCGUACAAUGGAAACAUGUUAUUGAAUGUGGGACCGCGGGCAGAUGGGACUUUGGAUCCAAUCUUUGAAGAGCGUUUGACAGAGAUUGGAUCGUGGCUAUCGGUCAAUGGAGAUGCCAUCUAUGGCAGUCGACCCUGGAACCACACACAACAUGAACCUGCCUCCAAAGUUUUCUACACAGUCAGCCAGCAAAACAAGGUGCUCUAUGCGCUCUUCACGGAAUGGCCAGAAGACAGCAAGUUGCAGCUAAAAUCUCCCGUUCCAACCGAGAGUACCAAAGUUCACAUGCUGGGUCUUCCAUCUGCCAGAAAAGAAAGCAUAGACCUUCGUUGGAGCCAUCGUGGAGAGGCAAGCAAAGCUGGCAUGACAAUCCAACUUCCCGCAUUGACUCCUAGGAAUAUCCCUUGUCAGUAUGCCUGGAUUCUUGCCCUUACAGGGAUUGGAAAUCUGGGUGAAGAAGAUGUGGCGGAGGAGGAGUCAGUUGUAAGCUGA